GGACGAGCAUGUUUUAAAUGGCCCCUGAGCCAUUGAGCUGUCCUAGGCAAAGUUGUUAUACUAGAUCAGCUCCACUGAGACACCCAGCUCCAAGCUGCUGUAGUCUUAUCGGUGGCAGAGGAGCUAGCGAGCUUGGGACUGCUGUGGGAAUUCAGGUCGCACCUGUCUAGAAGGUAUGACAUCGAUCACAAAAGCUACAUUGUCUAGCGUGAGUCCACAAAACAGCAGCGUUAGCAUCCUUCCCUAUCAAAUCGCUGUCGAAGAUGGAGUUCUUAAGGUGCAGCUCAGCGAGCGUCGUCCCAUUUAUAUGGAUUUUGUUGCUAAUUCCGAGCAUAGCCAGUGCACAGAGACCGCCCGCGCUUUUCGUCUUCGGCGACUCGCUGUCGGAUCCUGGCAACAAUAAUUUUAUCAGAACGCUAUCAAAGGCCGAUUCUCCACCAAAUGGUAUCGACUUCCCCGGUGGUUUUGCUACCGGCAGAUACUGCAACGGACGUACCACUGUGGAUAUCCUUGGUCAGAAGGCUGGAAAGCAAGGGUUUUUGGUACCGUAUCUGGCACCUAAUGCCUCAGGACCUUUGAUUCUACAAGGUGUCAACUACGCAUCUGGAGCUGGAGGCAUUCUGGAUUCCUCUGGUUAUGUCCUGUAUGGGCGAAUUCCAAUGAACAAACAGUUGGAGUAUUUCGCUAACACCAAGGCCCAGAUAAUAGCGCAACUUGGAGAACAAGCUGGCAAUGAGCUCAUUAGUUCUGCAUUAUACUCGUCGAACCUUGGUUCCAACGAUUACUUAAACAACUACUAUCAACCCCUCUCCCCCGUUGGAAAUCUCACUUCUACACAGCUUGCAACUCUGUUAAUAAAUACGUAUCGUGGCCAACUCACGAAACUGUACAACUUGGGAGCUAGGAAGGUUGUUGUGCCGGCGCUAGGUCCUCUAGGCUGCAUUCCCUUUCAGCUCUCCUUCCGGCUCAGCAAGAAUGGCGAAUGCAGCGAGAAAGUGAAUGCCGAAGUGAGAGAAUUCAACGCUGGUGUGUUCGGUUUGGUGAAGGAACUGAACGCUAAUCUUCCCGGUGCCAAGUUUAUCUACCUAGAUUCAUACAAAAUUGUCAGUGAAAUGAUUGCCAACCCAAGAGCGUAUGGAUUUACGGUUGCUAACGUUGGAUGCUGCGGUGCUGGUGGUAAUUACAAGGGAGUUGUGCCAUGCUUGCCCAACUUUAACAUCUGCCCCAACCGGUUCGAUUAUCUUUUCUGGGAUCCUUAUCACCCAACCGACAAAGCUAAUGUGAUCAUUGCAGACAGAUUCUGGAGCAGCACUGAAUAUUCUUAUCCCAUGAAUAUUCAGCAGCUCCUUAUGUCGUAGCACUUCCACUGAUUUUAACUCGCGAAAGCGAGCUUGACAAUUACAACACAACUAAUUCUCCAAACUAGAAUGUGUAUCCAUUUUGUACUAGGAUUAGGGUUUGUUUCCAGCAGAUAAGUUUUUCAGAAGCAGAUUAUAGGGUGAGAUGUGUUGAUGGAAUCUUUCUUAGGUGACUAUCAACGACUUGGCGACUAGUAGAUAUGGUCUAUUAAUUGAGCGUAUCUAAGCGCAUCAUAAUAAAGAUAAUUGCCGAGAAGAAGGUGGUAGCAACGAAUGACGUUAAAGCA